GGGGCGGCAAGAUGGCGGCGCUGAGCGCAGGGCGGACUGCGGUCAGGGGCCUCCUGCGCGCCCCCCGCGGCCUCUGCCGACCUCUGAGCGCCUCCGCCGCGCUGCAGCAGAUCCCGCGGGUAAAGUCAGAAAAUGCAAAGUCGGAGAGCACGUUCCAGGUCACCAUGCUGCCUGGGGACGGCGUGGGCCCGGAGCUGAUGCACGCCGUCAAGGAGGUGUUCAAGGCUGCCAGCGUGCCCGUGGUCUUUGAUGAGCACCACCUGAGUGAGGUGCAGAACAUGGCCUCGGAGGAGAAGCUGGACCAGGUGGUGGACUCCAUGAAGGAGAGCAAAGUGGCCCUUAUAGGCAAGAUCCACACCCCCAUGGAGUACAAGGGAGAGCUGGCUUCUUACGACAUGAGACUGAGGCGCAAGUUGGACUUGUUUGCAAACGUGGUCCACGUGAAGAGCUUGCCAGGCUAUAAAACACGGCACAACAACUUGGACCUCGUCAUCAUCCGUGAGCAGACGGAGGGGGAGUACAGCUCUCUGGAGCACGAGAGUGCAAAGGGGGUCAUUGAGUGCCUGAAGAUCAUCACCCGGGCCAAGUCGCAGCGCAUCGCCAAGUUCGCCUUCGACUACGCCACCAAAAAGGGGCGCUCCAAGGUGACGGCUGUGCACAAAGCCAACAUCAUGAAAUUAGGUGAUGGGCUCUUCCUGCAGUGCUGUGAGGAAGUGGCAGAACUCUACCCCAAGAUCAAGUUUGACACCAUGAUAAUUGACAACUGCUGCAUGCAGCUGGUGCAGAACCCCUACCAGUUCGACGUCCUGGUGAUGCCGAACCUCUAUGGGAACAUCAUUGACAACCUGGCAGCUGGUUUGGUGGGCGGCGCCGGCGUGGUGCCCGGGGAGAGCUACAGCGCUGAGUACGCCGUCUUCGAGAUGGGCGCCCGCCACCCCUUUGCCCAGGCUGUGGGCAGAAACAUUGCCAACCCCACAGCCAUGCUGCUCUCGGCUGCCAACAUGCUGCGGCACCUCAACUUGGAAUUCCACUCCAACUUGAUCUCAGAUGCAGUGAAGAAGGUGAUCAAAGUCGGAAAAGGGACCGGCUCAGAACCCCGUGUGCAUCCCCUGUGCGUGUAGCUGUUGUGCAGCCAGCUGUAGUCAGCCCCUCUGCUUGUCUGGGCUCGCUGCCUCGGGAGGCUCUAGCAGGGCUGGGGGGCGUCAGACGGCCUCUUCCUAGCUUGCCCCCCUCUGGGCUCUCUGGCAGGGCGCAUAGAGGGAAGCUGCUUUCCUCUCCUCUCCUGUCCUCUCCUCCCCCUUCUCUCGGUGAUUUCACUCAGUUCACAAUCACGUUUCUCCCUUGUUUCUCCCCUUCCCUGUGUUGGAUUUUUAGGUUCGGACACGGGACUUGGGCGGUUACUGCACCACUUCUGACUUCGUCAAGUCUGUGAUUGACAACCUGCACCCCCACUAUGGUGCCUAGGAGCCCCGCUCGCCCGCGGCGAGCCCUGGGACCUCUCUGCGCCCUGCAGCAGCCUCCCCCGCUGUAGUUUAAGGCCCCACAGCCAUCCCCCAACCCGCCCUGGCCCUGGCUGCCCUGGCUGUCUGCUCCCUGGGCCUCGGGGGAGGAGGGGGCUCUCCUCUUUCCCAGCCCAGUGCCCACUCAGAGCCACGGUGGCCGCAUCUCCCUUCUCGCCAUAGCCCACAUCCCACGCAGGCAGCUCUGCAGGACAGUGGGACCUGGGGUCCUGCUGAUACCUUUCCAUGCCCUCAGAGGCUCUAGCAAUAAAUAGGACCCCGGGGCUGUGGCCCCGUGCUGGGGAUGUGCAAAGGCAGCUGUUGGCUUGGCUGGAGCGUCCCGUGUGGCACAGUCCUGCACGCAGUGAAGGGAGAGGUGAGGUUUGCUCAGCAGCUGCCCCGGGAACCCGAGCAGCCCAGGAUCAGCCCUGUGCUCUGUCCUUACGAGUGGCUGGUUGCUGAAGGCAGGGGGCUGUGAGCUGAGCCCCCCUCCCAGGGCAGCAGGCUGCUCGCAGCUCUUUGCUGCUCCUCCUGUUCUUGCCCAGCUAUGGGGAGCUGGGGGCCUCCAGGUGGCCGCCUGGGCCGGGCCCUGCUGAGCGUGCAGGGGAGAGGGGGCUGCAGGAGCUCUCGGUGUGACCACGGGACGCUCUGCCCCAUUGCUGUGUGUGUGAGUGAGAGACUGGGACACGUAUUGAACUAACUGUGCUUUGUAUUUUGUAUGCAAAUAAAGGGUCCGACGCUCCCCCCGCCCUGUACGCAGCCCACUGCCAUUCCCCCACAUCACCCCCUCAGUCCUGGCACGGGGCAGGGCCUGUCCUGGGCUGCAGCUGCGGCACAGCCCUGUCCCUGCAUGGAGCAGGCAGAGCAGCAGCCUUACGCUCCCCUCUCCCUUCAGCCAUCUCUUAGUGCAGCAGCUGGAAGCAGAGGAAGCGGCAGCCCUUCCUUCUGCUGGGGUGGGGGGCUUCAGUUGGGGUUCUGUAAGGCAGAGGGAGCUGCGAGCCUGAGCUGAAAGUGGGCAGAGAUCCGCAGAGGCAGCGCACACAGAGGGGCACACACUGAAGGCCAGAGGGGUGGGUGCACACCUGCUGGACCCCCAGCAGCCCUCCUCCCCACCCCCAGGGGACACCUCCAGCCAAAGCCCGCUCAGGGCCUCCCCCUCCUCACUGACGCUGCCUUCUGUUGCAGGUGCGCACAGCAGACAUGGGUGGAUACGCCACGUCCCUGGAUUUCACCCAAGCUGUGAUUGGGGCCCUGGACGCGUAGGGCUGCUGCUCAUCCUCUGGCAGCCCCGGUGCUCCCACUGCCUGCUCGGUAAUUUAUUGCUUCCCUGUAAUAAAGCGGCCUCUGCAAUGUAA